UGGUGAGUCAGAGCCAACAGCGGAGACUAUCUAUAUACUUUCUUUUCUAUGGUCGUUCGCUCCACGCCCCCGGCCGCAGUGCACGCCGGGCAAGAGGAAGACCUCCAGAAGCUCCCCGCGCAGCGCGGCUGUGUUUGCGGCCUAUGCGAGUAGGCGCUUCGGAACCAGUCUCCCGGGCGAGGGGCGCGCAGAAACCUCGAACCGGUGGAGCCCACUCGUAACCUGGAUCACAGAAGACCGCGGAAACAGUACUGUUUCCUCAGCGGCGGACCGCUGCAGUAAGAAUGUCUUUCCCCCCUCAUUUGAAUCGCCCUCCCAUGGGAAUCCCAGCACUCCCACCAGGGAUCCCACCCCCACAGUUUCCUGGCUUUCCUCCACCUGUACCUCCAGGAACCCCAAUGAUUCCUGUACCAAUGAGCAUUAUGGCUCCUGCUCCAACUGUCUUAGUACCUACUGUGUCCAUGGUUGGAAAGCAUUUGGGAGCAAGAAAGGAUCACCCAGGCUUAAAGGCUAAAGAAAAUGAUGAAAAUUGUGGUCCCACUACUACGGUUUUUGUUGGCAAUAUUUCUGAGAAAGCCUCAGACAUGCUUAUAAGACAGCUCCUAGCGAAAUGUGGUUUGGUCUUGAGCUGGAAGAGAGUACAAGGUGCUUCUGGAAAACUUCAAGCCUUCGGAUUCUGUGAGUAUAAGGAGCCUGAAUCAACCCUCCGUGCACUCAGAUUGUUGCAUGAUCUGCAGAUUGGAGAGAAAAAGCUACUUGUUAAAGUUGAUGCAAAGACAAAGGCACAGCUGGAUGAAUGGAAAGCAAAGAAGAAAGCUUCUAAUGGGAAUGCCAGGCCAGAAACUGUCAGUAACGAUGAUGAAGAAGCCUUAGAUGAAGAAACAAAGAGAAGAGAUCAGAUGAUUAAAGGGGCCAUUGAAGUUUUAAUACGUGAAUACUCCAGUGAGCUAAAUGCCCCCUCACAGGAAUCUGACUCUCAUCCCAGGAAGAAGAAGAAGGAGAAGAAGGAGGACAUUUUCCGCCGAUUUCCAGUGGCCCCACUGAUCCCUUAUCCACUCAUCACUAAGGAGGAUAUAAAUGCUAUAGAAAUGGAAGAAGACAAAAGAGACCUGAUAUCCCGAGAGAUCAGCAAAUUCAGAGACACACACAAGAAACUGGAAGAAGAGAAAGGCAAAAAGGAAAAAGAAAGACAGGAAAUUGAGAAAGAACGGAGAGAAAGAGAGAGGGAGCGUGAAAGGGAACGAGAAAGGCGAGAACGGGAACGAGAAAGGGAAAGAGAACGUGAACGAGAAAAGGAGAAGGAACGGGAGCGGGAACGAGAACGGGAUAGGGACCGUGACCGGACAAAAGAGAGAGAUCGAGAUCGGGAUCGAGAAAGAGAUCGUGACCGGGACAGAGAAAGGAGCUCAGACCGUAAUAAGGAUCGGAGUCGAUCGAGAGAGAAGAGCAGAGAUCGUGAAAGGGAACGGGAGCGGGAGAGAGAGAGAGAACGAGAACGAGAGCGAGAAAGAGAACGGGAGCGAGAGAGAGAGCGAGAGAGGGAACGGGAACGAGAAAGGGAAAAAGACAAGAAACGGGACCGAGAAGAAGAUGAAGAAGAUGCAUACGAACGAAGAAAACUUGAAAGAAAACUCCGAGAAAAAGAAGCUGCUUAUCAGGAGCGUCUUAAGAAUUGGGAAAUCAGAGAACGGAAGAAAACUCGGGAAUAUGAGAAAGAAGCUGAAAGAGAAGAAGAAAGAAGAAGAGAAAUGGCCAAAGAAGCUAAACGACUAAAAGAAUUCUUAGAAGACUAUGAUGAUGAUAGAGAUGAUCCCAAAUAUUAUAGGGGAAGUGCUCUUCAGAAAAGAUUGCGUGAUAGAGAAAAGGAAAUGGAAGCAGAUGAACGAGAUAGGAAGAGAGAGAAGGAAGAGCUUGAGGAAAUUAGGCAACGCCUUCUGGCAGAAGGGCAUCCAGAUCCAGAUGCAGAGCUCCAGAGGAUGGAACAAGAGGCUGAGAGGCGCAGACAGCCACAAAUAAAGCAAGAGCCGGAAUCAGAAGAAGAGCAAGAAGAAAAGCAAGAAAAAGAAGAAAAACGAGAAGAACCCAUAGAAGAAGAAGAAGAGCCAGAACAAAAGCCUUGUCUCAAGCCUACUCUGAGGCCGAUCAGCUCUGCCCCAUCUGUUUCUUCUGCUAGUGGCAAUGCAACACCCAACACUCCUGGGGAUGAGUCUCCCUGUGGUAUUAUUAUUCCUCAUGAAAACUCACCAGAUCAACAGCAACCUGAGGAGCAUAGGCCAAAAAUAGGACUAAGUCUUAAACUGGGUGCUUCCAAUAGUCCUGGUCAGCCUAAUUCUGUGAAGAGAAAGAAACUACCAGUAGAUAGUGUCUUCAACAAAUUUGAGGAUGAAGACAGUGAUGAUGUACCCCGAAAAAGGAAAUUGGUUCCCUUGGAUUAUGGUGAAGAUGAUAAAAAUGCUGCCAAAGGCACUGUGAACACUGAAGAAAAACGCAAACACAUUAAGAGUCUCAUUGAGAAAAUCCCUACAGCCAAACCUGAGCUCUUUGCAUAUCCCCUUGAUUGGUCUAUUGUGGAUUCUAUACUGAUGGAACGACGAAUUAGACCAUGGAUUAAUAAGAAAAUCAUAGAAUAUAUAGGUGAAGAAGAAGCUACAUUAGUGGAUUUUGUUUGUUCUAAGGUUAUGGCUCAUAGUUCUCCUCAGAGCAUUUUAGAUGAUGUUGCUAUGGUACUUGAUGAAGAAGCAGAAGUUUUUAUAGUCAAAAUGUGGAGAUUAUUGAUAUAUGAAACAGAAGCCAAGAAAAUUGGUCUUGUGAAGUAAAACUCUUUUUACAUUUAGAGUUCCAUUUCAGAUUUCUUCUUUUCCACCCUUUAAAGGACUUUGAAUUUUUCUUUGUCUUCAAAGACAUUUGUGAGAUCUGUAAUUUUUUUUGAUGUAGAAAAUGUGAAUUUUUUUUUGUCCUCCAAUUUGUUGAUGCUCUGUGUACUCCCUUGGUUGUAAAGUCAUCUGAAUCCUUGGUUCUCUUUAUACUCACCAGGUACAAAUUACUGGUAUGUUUUAUAAGCCACAGCUACUGUACACAGCCUAUCUGAUAUAAUCUUGUUCUGCUGAUUUCUUCCUUGUAAAUAUUAAAAUGACUCCCCAAUU